AACGCGGCACUGGUGCUCCUCGUCGACGCGCACGGCGACGCUCCCAACUCUUCUUCCAAACCACCAUGACCCACCUAGCGACUUCAAAACCUGGAUACUACGGCAAGGGCUCAGCGAUUGUCGCCGAGCCAGCGCGACCAGGCGAGGGUCCCGUUCGCCGUUUCGCUCCGACAGCAGACCGCUUGAUUACCCAACCCAAGGAGGGGGUUGAGACCGUCUAUGACGUUCUCACAUCCGCGGUGGCGGAGCACGGCGACCGCAAAGCACUCGGGUACCGCGACAUCCUCAAGAUUCACGAGGAGGAGAAGGAGAUCACGAAAGUCAUUGGGGGGAAGGAAGUGAAGGAGAAGAAGAUUUGGAAGUACUUCGAGCUCAGCGACUACAAGUUCCUUUCCUACAAGGAGGUCUUCGUCGCUGUCUCGGAAGUCUCCCGUGGCCUGGUUGACCUGGGCAUCACCAAGGACGACAUCUUCAACGUGUACUCGCAAACAUGUAUCAACUGGCAGCUCAUCGCGCACGGAUGCUCGUCCAUCUCUACGACCAUCGCCACCGCGUACGACUCCCUCGGCGAGGAGGGACUGACGCAUUCGCUCAACGAGCCCGGUUGCGUGGGCAUCUUUACGAACGCGGAUCUCUUGCCUACGGUGCUGCACGUGUUGCCGAAUACCCCCACCGUACGCGUCAUCAUCUAUGACGAGAAGCCCUCCGCGGACCUCCUCGACAAGCUGCGCGGCGUCCGCGAGGGGCUUACAGUCCUCUCCAUCGACGAGCUCCGCGAGCGUGGGCGGACGAAGUCCGAGGACACGCUUGACGGAAGGAAGCCGACGAAGGACACGAUGAUGUGCAUCAUGUACACUUCUGGCAGCACCGGUGCGCCGAAGGGUGUGUGUCUGACGCACUCCAACCUCGUCGCUUCCGUCGGUGCCGUCUACGUGCACCUGGGGCACCAUCUGACGAAGGAGGACAGCUUCCUCGCGUACCUCCCGCUUGCGCACAUCCUCGAGUACAUCGUCGAGAUGACGAUGUUCUACGUCGGGAUGCCCUCCGGCUACGGUCGCGUCAAGACGCUGACCGACGCGUCCGUGCGCAACUGCCAGGGUGACAUGACCGCCUUCCGCCCCAGCAUCAUGAUUGGUGUGCCCGCCGUGUGGGAGACCAUCCGCAAGGGCAUUCUUUCGAAGGUCAACAAGAGCGGUACCAUCAAGAAGAGCGUCUUCAACGGGGCCAUGACCGUCAAGAAGAACAACGUCCCGGGUCUGGCCCAAAUCGCUGACUCCGUCGUUCUCAAGAGCGUGCGGGAAGCAACGGGUGGUCGCCUGCGUGUCGCUCUCAGCGGUGCCUCUUCGCUCAGCCGAGAGACGCAGGAGUUCUUGAACGUCGCAUUGGUGACGCUACUCCAGGGUUACGGUAUGACCGAGUCCUGCGGCAUGUGCGCGAUUCUGCCGCCAGAGCUCAUGCAGUACGGUGUCGUUGGUAUCCCCGUUCCGUCUAUCGAGAUCAAGAUGCUCGACGUGCCAGAGGCUGGCUACAAUGCGAACGGCGACCCGCCACAGGGCGAGAUCUGCAUUCGCGGCCCUUCGGUGACGAAGGGCUACUACAAGCGCCCCGACCUCAACGAGGACCCGAACGUCUUCACCGCCGACGGCUGGUUCCGCACGGGCGACGUCGGCCGGUGGAACAAGGACGGCACGCUCUCGAUCAUCGACCGCGUCAAGAACCUCGUCAAGCUGCAGAACGGCGAGUACAUCGCGCUCGAGCGGCUCGAGUCCGUGUACAAGGCGUGCAACCUCGUGCACAACAUCUGCGUGUACGGCUCGUCGGACCUGAAGCAGCCGCUCGCGAUCAUCAUCCCGAACGAGGCGCACCUGCGGCACACGCUGGAGGAGCAGGGCUCUAGCGAGGCGAAGGCGGAGCUGCCGGUGCUGUGCCACAGCGCGAAGGUGCGCGCGCUGGUGCUGAAGGAGUGCAACGCGGUGGGGAAGAAGAACGGGUUCAAGACGAUGGAGCUGCUGCAGGCCGUCGUGCUCACGCCGGACGAGUGGACGCCGGAGAGCGGGCUCGUGACCGCAGCGCAGAAGAUCCAGCGGUCGAAGAUUGGGAAGGCGUUCGAGAAGGAGAUCAAGGAGAUCACGGACGGGCAGCGAUAGGGCGCUCGGCAGCGCUAGUGUGGCGGCGCGUUGACGACCACUGUAUGGCUUGCUCGUAGGAUACCAUCUUCGACGGAUUGAACUCUUUAUCUAUUCUCUUCUCGUGCUGUGGCGUGAUGUACUCAGUAGUACGGCUCAGUGUAUGGCGGCUCAGCUUAUCAACCGCAUUUUUGUAUCGCGUUGAAGCUCACAAGGUCGCAGAGGGGGGUGGGGUCCAGGACGUGCGGACACUGUUCAGCCUACCAUUGGGCAGAACUCUCGUCAGCGCCCAUGGGCUGUGGGUUGCUUAUGCGCCGCUUGAUCUGCCCAUCGAGCAAUACGGCUGGAUGUGCAUGGCUAGGUACAGGUCUGAGGUGACAGGUCAACGACCAGCGAAUGUCACAGUUGAACUUUCUGUGACUCGGCGUCGCCCAACCAAUUCCUUCGUCCAAUCCAUCCUUGUGCCAUAAUGCUGCCCGU